CCUGUUUGUUCUCCUGCGGGCGGAGCCCAGUCCGAGCCUCCGAGCCUCCCUGCGCGCUGCCCGCUGCGCCCCGAGCCCACCGCCCCACCCUGCCUGGGCGCUGCCUACCCGAGGGAGCCCGCGCCCGCGUCCCGCGCCCACCGUAAGACCCGGGCACCUGCGCCAGGAGCCCCACUGGAUCGACUGAGAAGGGACUGGCGGAGAAACACCAUGAGUAUCUCCACUCUGGGGGGCAGCCCCAAAGGGAGGUCUCUGCCACCGGGAGAGGAGGAGCGCAAUAAUGUCCUCAAGCAGAUGAAAGUACGAACCACACUGAAGGGCGACAAGAGCUGGAUCACCAAGCAGGAUGAGUCUGAGGCCUGCACUGUGACCGGUGUUUUCCCCAGAGAGCUGCCCUCAGGCCGGAGUCGUGCAACUUCCUUUUCGUCACCUGGAGAGAUGUCAAAGGCCAGGUCUCCAAGUGCCAGGGCAUCCACUGGUUACAUCAUCCGGGGGGUGUUCACCAAGCCUAUAGACAGCUCGUCCCAGCCUCAGCAGCACUUUCCCAAGACCAAUGGCGCCCCAAAAAGUGCUGCUGGUCUGAUGAAAGCAGCUAACACAGGUCCGCCCCGCUCCUCCAUCUCUGGCUACAAGAUGACCACGGAGGAUUACAAGAAGCUGGCGCCCUACAACGUGAGACGCAGCUCCAUAUCAGGAACCAUGGAGGAGUUGGAGGUGCCCUUCUCUUCAGAUGAGCAGAAAAGGAGAUCGGAGGCCGCGAGCAGUGUGUUGAGGAAGACCACUGUGCCCCGGGAGCACUCCUACGUGCUGUCGGCGGCCCGGAAGAGCUCUGGUCCUACCCAGGAGACACAGGCUCAAUUUAUUGCCAAGAGGGUUGAGGUGGUUGAGGAGGACAGGCCUUCGGAGAGCAGCUGGGAGCCACCUGCGCCAGCACGGUCCACUCCUGGCUCUAGCAGGCCUUCUCCAGUUCACAAGGACAAGGAGGCACCGUGCUCCAGAGAGAUCAAGAGAAACUCCAUUGCUGAGGAGACCUUCAGGGGCCUCGAGGCAGACUCUGAAAGGUCAGAUCCACAGCCGAGCAGUGGUCCCGUGGGAUUGGAAGUCGCAGGGUCCCCACCGAAAGGCUUGGCUGCAGCAGGCACUGGCUCGGAGAGAGGAGGGCUGGGCCCAGCUGCUAGCCUCACCCCUCUGCUGGAUGACCAGGAUGCGUGUGGUGCCAGCCCUCACCCCUGCAAGCCUGAGCCAGCGGCCAUCAGCUCCAGCACUACUUCAGCCCCUGCCAUCCUGGCUGACAGGAAGAGUGACAUUGCGGCAGACCCGGAAGACACAAAGGCAGACCCCAGAGGUUUCCCUACCGCGGAUGAGGAAAAGCAUGUGGCUGAUGCCCUGGGGUGUGGCAAGGGGGACCCAGCUGUCUCCUCGAAGCAGCAGCAGCAGCAGCAGCAGCAGCCACAGCCCAGAGCUGUGGGUGGCCCGGAGCAGCACAGGGAGCUGGAAGGCGGUGGCGAUGGCCGUGGCAGUGGUGGCAGUGCCCCCACUGUGGACAAGGAGAAGUGUGUGGCCAGCACCCUGGGGUGUGGUGAGGGGGACCUUGCUGUCCCUGAUCAGCAGGAGCAGCAGCAGCAGCAGCUGCCGCUGCCCAGAGCUGUGGGUGGCCUGGAGCAGCACAGCGAUCCAGAAGGCGGUGAUGAUGACGGUGGCAGUGGCAGUGCUGGCAGGGUGAGAAGUCCCACAAGCUGUGUGGUCACUGCUACCGUCAGCGCCGCUGCCGCUUCUGAGCAGCAUGAUGUUUAUAUGCCGGCCCCGCUGAGUGAACUGGACACUGGCUCAAGCACCAGCAGAGGGAUUCUCUUCGUGAAGGAGUACGUGAAUGCCAGCGAGGUGUCCUCCGGGAGGCCGGCGUCCACCCUGCACAGCUGUGUCAGCAGCACUGAGGACUCUUAUGACCCGCAGAAGAGAGGCCCAUAUGACGGCACUCCACACCCCGAGAGAACAAUGGGAGGGGUCUGCACUUACUGCAGCCGUGAGAUCCAGGACUGUCCGAAGAUCACCCUAGAGCAUCUCGGUAUCUGCUGCCAUGAAUAUUGCUUUAAGUGUGGCAUCUGCAGUAAGCCAAUGGGUGACCUCCUGGAUCAGAUCUACAUCCACCGUGACACCAUCCACUGUGGGAACUGCUACGAGAAGCUCUUCUAGCUCCCCCAGGCUGCUCAGAAGCUGAUGAGUCCUGGACAAGACUGGCUGCCCCAAGUCGCUGGUUCCUUCCUCCCUCUGGUUGCUUCUUUCUCUUCCCUUCUUAGGUUGAUGUUACUUACAUGCAGUAUCAUAUCUUUCCGACACCAUGAUGUUCCCUUACGUGAGAGAAGGCACUUAACAUUCAUGACCUCGUUUCAGGCUGGGUCAGAGGCUUUCUAAUGAAUAGAGGUGGCCUAGCAUACGGGGUGUGGGCAGAGGUAUGGCUUUAGUGUGCACUGAGUCCCUCGAGGCUUCAGAGGGGCGAAGCUGAAGAACAUUGACGAUCCCUGGUGGGUAAAUGGCAGGCCCUGGCCUGAGGUAGGCUGAAGGUUGGCGUAGGCUAAUCUUGAGCUCGCCUAACUGCCGUAUAUGUUUUUAAUUCCCGUACUCUUUUUAGAGUAGUUCGUUGUCUUUGAUUGAAUUAUAUGCAGCAGAUUGUUGUGCCUUCUCCCAUCACCCUUUCUCCGCGUUUGAACUUGCCCUGCAGGCUCGUAGGGAUGCGCUAGAAAGGCUGUUCAGUUAGGCCUUUGGUCUCUCGGGUGUGACUUAGAAAGCUACUGACCAGAAGGCUGUUGAAUCUCACCAGCCGAUUAACAUCUUUGCCGUCAGCUCCUGCUUCUCGCUUCACACUCAAAUAGCUUUUAGGGAAUGCGGACUCUGGCAGGACUGAGAAGAGAGAAAACAGCGACCAUUUCGUGGUGCCUUGCCAUCUGUGGGGCACUAUGAUGGAGUGACAUUGUGGAAGGUGUCCUUGUCCUUGUCCCCAUCUUCCAGCUCAGAGGGGUGCUUGUUGCUUUCCAAAGGGCCUUGAGGAGCCCCGCCACUGUCCUGCUGCAGAGUCCACGUGCUGUCAUGUGUAGUGUGUGCCCAGAGCUGUGCAGGGGAACCCUGGCCCUUGGGCCAUGUGAAAUCAUGCUCCUCUGGCAUACUGAACGGCCCCCAUAAAGCACCGUAAGAAUGAAGUUGCCUCCCUUCUUCCCCUCCCCUUUCUGUGAAAAAUGUCCCUGAACUGACGCUUUAGGCUGGAAACAGAUUGGACUUCCGUGAUCCCACAGAGGACUUUGUCAACCCAAGGGGAGCUCUAGCAGGCUAGCUGCUCCAAGCAAGGAACCGUCAGUGACCCCCAGUUUCUCAGUCCACAGUGCUCUAGCUGGUGGCACCUCCCGGGGCCCAGGUACUCCGACUGCGGGGAGCUGCCGGGUCGUGGCAGGUGUGGGCCCACCUAGCACACACUUGGCCCACAGCGCUCAGCCUCCCACAUGCCCUGCUGUGGCCUAUGUGCCGAGCUUUGACUUGCGGACUUCUCGAGAGGGAGGAUAAACAGCCGUAGUUGUUUGGGUACAGGCCAAGGGCUCUUCUCGGUGUCAUUGCAAACUGUCUCCAUCUCUGUCAUUUCUCAGCCCUGUGUACAAAGGCUUGUGGAUUUGUUUAUUCCCGCACGUGAUCACAGAGGGACAUCCCAUUUACCCGCAUAGCUGUGCUGCAGGUCUACUCUGAAGGGAAGCCAUCCAGCAUGCCGUGUGACCAUGCUGGAUGAGAGCCAGUCUUCUGCAGUGCUGGCUCCAGCAUGGGGCUGGCACAGGGUGGGCACCAACACAUAGAUGCCACCCGGAUGAGUAGGAGAAGAAGAAGUCGCUGCUGUGGGGAGAGGUGCCACCUCCAAGCAUCAGCAUGACCCCUUCCACCUGUGCUCUGCCCUUCAGGGCGCUUCAGAACCAGCAGGCAAGAUACAGGGAGAUGGCUUGCAAGAUCAGUGUGGGUCUGAUCCCAAAGGCCUUGCAGGUCUUUUGACUGCGAAUUCUUUAGACUUGAGGGAGAGGAAUGGUUGUGAACAUUUUGGCUUCUUUUCAGUCGCUUAGUGUUUCUAAUUGUACUUGCUUAGUCCACACCAAUGUGCACCAUUUGAAUAAAUGUUAAGAUAUUACA